AGUGCUGCUAGGGGAGGUUGAGACUUUAGUCACUUGCCUGCGCUGACCAGGUAAGGUCUCACAAGUGGAGUAGUGCGGACCUCUCUCGUCUUUUUUUUUUAAAGUGACUCCGUCGAUCUCAUUAACGCAGAACAUUUCUUCUAUUCAGCGCACAACGGAAAUACAACGAAUCCUCAGCAGGAAGAGCGAACUUCAAUUUGACGACCGUUGAGAAGGAGAAAAAAGGCGUUAGGAAAUUCGUCCUAAAAGAGAAAGCCAUAUUUCAGUUAGCGGUUGUAAUAAGAUAAUGACAUCGGCUGGCGGCGCAAGUUCAGCGUGAAGAACGAACGUGCAGUUUGACGAAUAUUUUCUGGACGCCUCAGGAACCCGGGAAUCACGACCGUUGUGGGUUUCGAAUCCGUCAGGAUCAGCUGCUUAAAUCGACAAAGGGAAGACCUUCACUACCUUAGGAAGGAGGAGUCCAAACCUCGGAUUCGAACAAAUCAUAGUAGCGAAGCCUUAAGUUAAAUUCAUAUCAGCUUCAUCGUCGUCUUCGUCAGCGCCAAUAGCUGCAAACAAUGGCGAUCGACGUCAACGAGCUGGUCCAGCGGUUCAGCUGGGCCGAUUACCUCGUCUUCGUUGCUAUGCUCAUGGUCUCUGCCAUGAUAGGAAUCUUCUACGGCUUCUGCGGGAAGAAGGAAAAUGACACGAAGGAGUUCCUCAUGGCUGGAAAGUCCAUGACGACCUUCCCAGUGGCUAUGUCACUCAUUGCAAGCUUCAUGUCGGCCAUUACUCUGCUGGGAACACCUUCGGAAGUGUAUCAGUUCGGCUUCUUGUACUGGCUGGUCGGGUUUUCGUACUUCCUCGUUAUGCCAGCGGCUGCUUACUUGUACUUCCCGGUCUUCCAUGAAAUUCAGGUGACUUCGGCCUACGAAUACUUGGAGAUGAGAUUCAGUCGUCCAGUGAGGUGGCUGGGAUCUGCUACGUUCAUCCUGCAGAUGUGUCUCUACAUGGCUAUUGUGGUCUAUGCCCCUGCUUUGGCCUUAGCCCAGGUCACUGGUCUGAACGUCUACCUGUCAGUCAGUCUGAUCUGCUUUGUGUGCAUUUUCUACACCACUCUGGGAGGUAUGAAGGCUGUGCUGUGGACUGAUGCCUUGCAGAUGGUCAUCAUGUAUGCCAGUAUGCUCUUCGUCAUCAUCAAGGGCUGCGUGGACGUGGGAGGCUUCGAAUACGUCUGGCGGAAGAACGUCGAAGGCGACAGGGCCGAGCUCAUCAACUUCGACCCAAACCCCACCACUAGACACACCUUCUGGACUCUGAUCAUCGGUGGCUACUUCACCUGGGUGACCAUCUAUGGCGUCAACCAGGCUCAGGUGCAAAGAUACCUAUGUGUCAAGGAAAAAUACAUGGCUAUCCGAGCCCUCUGGAUAAACCUGGCAGGACUCUUCGUCCUCAUGAUCAGCUGUGCCUUUGGAGGAAUGGUAGUCUAUGCUAAAUACUGGGACUGCGACCCAAUAGCUUCUGGGACUGUCACCAAAGGAGAUCAGCUGUUCCCCCUGUUCGUCAUGGACACUCUUGGAACCUGGAUGGGGCUUCCUGGACUGUUCGUCUCUGGAAUUUUCUCUGGGGCUCUGAGCACCGUGUCCUCCGGUAUGAACUCGCUAGCCGCCAUCGUCUUGGAGGACUUCAUCAAAGCUGGUUGCUACCCGAGUAUCACAGAGAAGAAAGCCACGUGGAUCACAAAGCUCCUGUCUCUCUUCUUCGGUCUCUUGACCUUCGCCCUCGUUUUCGUUGCAGAGCAGCUGGGAAAUGUCCUGUCUGCUGCCCUGGGUAUCUUUGGUAUGGUUGGUGGCCCUCUCCUGGGAGUCUUCACCCUGGGCAUGUUCUUCCCGUGGGCCAAUUCAAAAGGAGCAUUCUUCGGCCUCUGGGUAAGUCUGUUCUUCACCCUGUGGAUUGGCGUCGGCCACCAGGUGGCCAAACAGAACGGCCUCAUCGAUCAGCCUAUGAAACCGACCAGCAUAGAGGGAUGUUUGUUCUCCAACGAGUCCUUCACGACCAUCUCCUCUGGGCUGCCGACUGCAGCCAUCACAGCCGAAUCUCUGAUCUCUGAGGAACCCGUGGAAAAGGAGGAAGCCCUAGCCAUUUACAGGCUUUCGUACAUGUGGUACUCUGCAACCGGCUGCUUCACCGUCAUCGUCGUAGGAAUGAUUAUAUCUCUGAUAACCGGGACGCAGGACAUCCGUAAACUCGACCCUAGACUCAUAUCGCCCGGCGUCUUUUGGUUCAAGAGAUUCAUACCUAAAACUGACGGCCUGGGAGAAGAUUACGAAGACGAAGUCGUCCUCAGCGAUGCCAAGAUCACUGGUCCAAUCGCAGGCAACCAGAACCUUGGUUUCGAGUCGGACAAACCGAACGGUUACACCGUCGAGAAAGAGAGUUCGAAAUUAUAAGAGACUCUUCGUCUACUUUUAAUGGCAUUUUAAUUUCAUUCACUUCUUUUUUUUAUGUAACACGACACAAACAACAUUAUUUUUUUAAGCCGUUUUAAUUUAGAGUAUAUAUAAAUGCUUGAAGACGUUUCCAAGUGGCGUUAUUAGUACUAUUACACUUUGCUGUUAGGCUGUGGGAGUUCCUACUAGAGUACUUCAUUUUAAAGCAUUUUCCGUGUCCAUAUAUGUAGAUUCCUUGAUAUAACUUCCAUUAUCGUUAUUCUACAGAAGAAUUAUUUUGUUUUUUUGGCAUUUUGUAUACAAUGCUGUAGUUCCUGUCUUUUUAUGCAUUAUAUGUUUUCGUCUGACAAAAAUUUGAGCUCCAAAUAUCCAAAACUUGAACUCCGAGCUCCGGACAUUCAACAGAAGACUUGCAACAAAAAUUGACAAGCUCCGUUUGUCUUUAUACUUAAAUCAGUUCCGAAGGGAAUGCCCUAAUUGAGGCGAAAGGAGUGGAAUUACUGACGUGCGAUAAGCCUAGGCCUAAUCAGUACUGGCUCACUGGUGACAGACUCUCCUAAGCUUGACCGCAGAAGGACGAUUUUUUAUUAUUAUUAUUUUAGUUUUGAAUCAAUCAAAUAAGAAAGAACUCACGAACUCAUUCGUGCAGGCUUUAGAUUUAUCCACAAGGGUAUCUGUGAUAGACUAAAAUACGUGUUCUCUUGCCAGAAAGGUGAAUUAAAUAGCUCUUAAGGACACUGUACCUAAUUCCCUAAUGUCUUUUGGGUCGAUUCAAUACCAGUUCUUGGGGGUGUUUUGCAGAUGCGCGAGAUGUGAUCGAAAAUAACUUAUUUAUUUAGCUACAAAAUCUACAAAAAAUGUUUAUCUGCUUUGAUAUAUUUAUGUAUUUACAGGAAGACUUAUUGAUGCUGACAUUCCGAUGGUAUUACAUGUGAAAUAUACAGAUUUUAUUCUAAU